AUGGUUCCGAGUCGUGAUCGCAGGAAGAUUCAUACGCUCAACGAUUCGAUGAGACACCACCCAACCCCCACAUUCAAAUUCCUCACCUCCACAACCUACUGCUACUACAUGCUAGAACUAUCAUCCCAUCCAAAUUCUGCGACUAUGGCCGACGACACCAUUCAUACGCCACCACCAAGACGGUUGCUGGCCCCAUUCAACCUCCUUCCAACCAAGGUGGUAGAACGAUUUCUCGCCAUGUCUCUUCUCAUCUGCUCGCUUUCCGCGAGCCAAAUCCUUUUCACCCCCGCCACGGCGGCGACAUCUAUAGGCGUCCGCAUUCUUUUAAGAGCGUCCUAUCUCUGCGUGGUUCUCGCACUACCAGCCACAAAAGGGGAUCCUCCGAAUGAGUUGCUGGGGAUGUGGCUGCAUUACUUUGGAACUCUCCUACACCUCAUCCUUUUGGCCACUGGGACGACGCCAGUGCCAACACCUCUAUCCCUUGCCAAUCAUCUCACCAGUCGAGUCGACGCUCGACACUGGUUCUGAGUGGGGUUUCAUUACAAUCCUCUCACCCUUCGUGGCUUUUCUCCUCACAGCAUCAGCUAUGACAUUCAUGCUGAUUUCUGUUGAGGGGAAGUUUGAUUCAGAAAGGCUGGGUGUCUUUGGGCGCCUCAUUCUGCGGAUACACGCCAUGAUAUCUUUUGUUGACGCCAAGUUUGUACGUACUAUCCGUUCAUCAUUAAAAAACCCACGAUACAGAUACAGAUACAAGAGUGGUUUCUUUCCCCCAGGCAGGCACACCACAACGUGACGCGUGAACCCCAGUGACAGACGGAGAAUUGUCUAAUACGACUGAACAAACCGAAAGUGAUUAAAGAACUGUCUUACUUGAUAGCUAUUGUUAAUGAGUAACUUAAUACAAAUGUUUCCUUGGUACUGUCAAUAUGACCUGGUU